CCAAGAGGCUGGACUCGGCGCCCUCAUGGCUCAUCACAACUGGUUGUCCUCGUUUUUCCAGAAGCCCCUUCUCAGUUCCCAGAAGCCCCCCAAAGGAAUGGCUGCCAAGGGGGCAGAGGCAGCAGAGGGGCUGGAGGGGCCGGAAAGGCUGAAGAGAACCAAGGGGGCCCAGCAGGGCGAGGAGAUAGAGAGGGCGUCAGCCUCGGAGCGGCCAGCCUCUUCCCCGAACUGGCUCACCGGGAACUUCCCGUUCUGGAAGAAGAGUAACGUGAAGAAGCUCAGGCGGAGAGAGCGGAACACUUCCAGAGGCCCCCCCUCCUGGAAACUCCGGCCUCACAAGUCAAAGGUCACUCCGGACAGCCCGAGAAGGAAGAAGGAGAGCGUCUUCACCGAAGCGGCCCGGACCGCGGCCAUUUGCAUCAAGAUCAUCAAAUCCCUGGGGAUGGAAGACUUGCCCCAGUUAGCCCUGGUGGCCAAGAAGUUGGGAGAUAUCGCCAAGAAGCACCAGGAGGUGGUACUAGAAACCAUUUUGAAAUAUUUCCACCAAAAUACCCAGCUGGCCGUCCGGCACCGGUUCCGCAUCCUCCGGGUGCUCGAGAUGAUCGUCACCACGCACGGCGUCCUCAGCCAGCACUGGGCCCAGGCCUGUACCAGCCUGGCCCUGGAGAACAUGGUCCUGAUCACUGAUUUGGAGGAAGUGUACCAGAACGCGGCCGGUGACCUGCUGGUGGCCGUGUGGAGACAUGCUUCGCAGCACGUCACGCCCCAGCUGCUCAAGAUGUUCUGGAAAAGGGAGUUUCCUCACCGCAGCGCUUUUUACACCCUGGGCAAGAUCAUCUCCAAAGAUUGGGCGCCCGAUUCUCCAGAACGCAAGGAGUGGGAGCGCCAACUCUUCCAGGUGGGAGAGAUGUCUGUCCACUUGCUGACGGAGAAGGCUUGGAUGGCCGAAUUGGACCGAGCCAUCACUAAGUGUGACUGGAGCAUCCUCGGGCAGUCCCUGGAGAAGGCCUCCCUCUACGCAUACUAUGGGGUCGUGCUCAGAGCCUCCAACAACGGGCACGUGGUGAGGGAAAGACUCAGUGCCCUGCUGGGCACUUCCCACCAACGUCUGUUCCAGAGGGAGGGCAUAGCCCUGACCAUCGGGCUAACGGCCACCCGCCACCUCACCAUCACCUGCGCCGUGCUGGAGGACUUCGGCAAGGCUGUGGUCACCGGAGAGAAGACGCCCGUCUCCAGGAUGGACCAGUGCCUAGAGGACAUCCACUGGAAAUGGGCCAGCAGCACCGUCCUGCUCUGCUACGGUCACAUGGCGUGCCGCAGUAAGGACAUCAUCCUGGCCCUGGCCGACGGCUUCGCCUCCCGCAUGGUGGGCUACUUCCAGUGCAGCCACUGGGACGGUCCCUUAAAGAAGAGCUUCCUGACCUCCAUCCUGAUGCUUGUGCGGGCCAUAGCAAGCAACAAGGAGGCCAACAGCUACAUGUUCUUCCAGAAGUCGCAGCUGAUCCUCUGUCUAAUGAAGCUGAUCGAGAAGGAGCCACGGGACACUCUCUGUACCCUGGACCGUCAGAAAGCUCUGGUCGCUGUGGCAGGUCUCAGCAAACUGAAGCCCCCGCUGCAGCCCAAGGAGAGGUCCGACCUGCUGUACACCUGCUUCCAGAGCCUCUUCACUCUGCCCCUGCUAGAGACCCUGGAGAGGCACAGCUGCCUCAUGGUCAACCCGCCCAGCAUCAAGGAUUUGUACAGGGACACUAUGUCGGCUUUGGAUCAGAUGUUGCAGGGUCUCCUGUGGGAGAGUCCCAGCCCGAAUGAGGCUCAACACAUCCUGGAGCAAAUCUGCCACUGGAUGAAUUCAAGGAAAUCGCAUGAGCGCCAGCGAGCAGUGAGAACCAGCACCAUCCUCCUCAAGUUCGUUGUGGAGCGGUUCAGCCUCGCACCGGCCAUCCAGUUCAGCAGAAUGGGGCAUCUAGUGGGCAUGCUGGGCAUGCUGUGUGGGGACCCUGAAGAGGGCACGAGGUCCCAGGCCAAAGAGGCGGUGUUCUACCUCUACAACGUCAUGCUGCGCCAGAAGGGGCUGAGGGAUGAGGCGGAAGCCCAUCUGAAAAUGAAGAAGCACUGUUCCAUCUUGGGCUGUUCUCCGGACCAGGAAUUGGGAUUGUGGUCCUUCUCCUCCCUCAGCAGCUUCCAGAUCGUGAAGGCCUUUGGGGAGAAAUUUGAACCAUGGCAGCUGAGGGACCUGCUGGGCACCCUGUUGGACGGGCUGUGUGGCCCCAUCCACUUCCGGGCCCAGACCGCGGCCCAGAUGCUCUAUGUCACCUUCGAGAUCUUCGGAAACCAGCUGGAGGAGGUGUCCAACAUCGGGAAGAGAGUUUACCUGCAGCUGUGUUUCAUCCGCACGUUGUCAGUGAAGAAGGAGGCCCUGAAAGCCAUCUCCGUGCUUGUGCGGGAACACACCCGGGAGUUGGUGGGCGCUUUCCUGGAGUACUCUGUGUCCAUGGACAGGCACGUGAUCGAACUGUGGCGGGCCGUGGGCUCGGAGCCCCACAUCUCCCCGCGGAUCCUUCUGCUGUUGCUCGAGAAACUGGAGGAGCGGCCCUCUCUGGAGCAGAUCUGCCAGAUCGAGGAAGAGACGUACCCUGAGUCUCUGGCUGCCAUGAACACAUUGUAUGAGAUGCUCUUUGUGCCUGAGUAUCAGGAGGCCCUCCACGCCGCUUACCCCCGCCUCUUCUUUGCGCUGGUCACCCAAAUCCAUUACAUCUUUGACCUGGACUUGCUGGAUGAGGACGAGGUGCACUGGAGGAGCUACUCCAGUCAGAAGACCCUGGUGGCCACCGCCUGUGGGUGCCCUUGGGGCCAGGAGUCGGGAGCCGGGAGCCAGAGUGCUUGGAGCCAGGAUCUGGGGGCCGGGAGGAGCAGGAGCCGGAGCACGUCCGUGGAAGCUGUCAAGAGUCUGUUCUCCAAGAACGGCUUCUGGCAGGAGUUUGCCUUCCUGGAGCUGCAGGAGGCCUGGGACCAGCUAGCUGGACCGUUGACCUACUGCAACGGAGUCUGCCUGCUGGCCAGGGCUAUGGUGGAGUACCACUCCCCCCGCAUUCCCGGCAUCCUGCUCCAGGCACUCACCAUGAUCCAGAAGGAGGAGGACAGACAGAGAAUGGUGGCCAUGAUUUUCUUCACUGAGUUUCUGAGAAGCCCUGCCACGGCCAACCAUCUGUCCCGCCACAUCAUCCUCAGACACCUGACCAAGGGCAUCCAGGACCCCAACUUGGUCGUGAGGGUGGUCAGUCUCCACGGCCUCAGCACCGUCUUCCUCAACCCUGAGAAGGGAGACCUCCUGCGGGCCCAGGUUCCCGCAUUCCUGGAUGCCCUGUAUGAUGCUAACGAGAAGGUGUUGGUGAGCGCCAUAUGCGCCUUGUCGGACGUGCUGUACAAGCUGGGCAAGCAGGGGCCCGGCGCCCUCGGCCUGGACAUUGCCCUCAGCCUCCAGGCCUUCUUCGAUGAUGAGAGGUACGCAGUCCGGGGAGCUGCCAUCUCAGCCUUCGGCAACCUGGUGGGCUGCCUGGAGGGCAAGGAGCCCGGAGUGCUGAAAGAUCAGGUCUGCCGAACCCUCAUUCCCUUGUUCUUCCACUUCCUGGAUGAAGACAAGACCGUGAUGAAGAAGGCCAAACUGACGUUCUUCCGCUGCGCCAGCUUCCUGCAGUGGGAUGAGCUGGGGAAGUUGUUCCGGCGGCUUGCCUGGGAGGACGGGCUCCGGGGUCUGCACAGCGUCUGGAAGUGCUUUAUGGAGAAUAUGUUUGACAACACCAACCUCUUCCUGUCCCAGGCCCUCGGCUACGUCAGGAGCAACCAGUGGACACUGCGCAUGGCAGCUGCCCUCUACAUUGGACACACCAUCCACUUGCUGCCCAUGGCCAUAUCUAAGAUUCUGGACCAAAAAGGGGCACAGGCUCUCUUGCGCGCGUUCUACAAGCUGCAGCACGACAAGGAGGAGUUUAUCCGUCAGGUGGCGAAGACUCACAUCAUCAGCCUGCAGAAGGUGGUUCGGCUGGUGUAGGGCCAGCCGAGACCCCCGCCCUCUGCCCGCCCCCAUCACCCAGAGGUGAUUAAAAGUGUGUGCCUUCC